CAAUAUAAUGAAUGGAUUAUUAUUUGAAAGCAUGAAUGGGUAUUCACUCUUCUUUUUUUCCAGCCUUUUAGUACAAUCAGCAUUGACUUUGUUGUAUUCAGCUCCCUUUUUCUUUUUGUCAUUGACUCUUGUUUUCUUGGCCAUCCUAUCUGCUGCUGUUGGAUCUAUCAUUAUUGCAUCAUUAAUUGACGUCUUUUCAUGCUCUACCAAAAUCUCUUCUCUAUAUUCCUUUAUUAUCUUUACAACAUUAACUGGGGAAGUGUAGUCUUUUAAUGGAGCUGAAACUGUUUCGACUUGUGGUUCAUCCAGCAAGUUUUUC